AUGGCAGAAGUCUCCGAAAAUCUCAACAAAACCAGCAGGUCAUUGCUGUUGGGGCUCCAGGUUCUAGGACUUAGCAGGACUAGCAGCACCAGCGGCAGGAUCGGAGAAGUGGUCUGGGACACUUGCAGGCUUGUGGCACGGCAGGAAUGGAGAUCAGGUUGGGAGGACAGGCUUGAAAUCGGACAGUCAAUUCCAAAGCUGGACAUUUCUCCGGAUGAAUUAUGCCAGGAGAGCCUUGUAAGGGAUGGUUCCCAUGCCUCCAAGUUGAGACAAAUCUGGGAGUGUGAUGUCCAAUUAGAGAGGCAACAGAGCAAUGAGGAAAAAUCUCAUGAAUGUAAUGGAUGUGACAAGGCCGUUAGCCAGGGGACACAUCUUACCCAGGACGGGAGAGAAACUCAUACUGGAGAGAAACCUUAUGAAUGUAAGGAAUGUGGGAAGACCUUCUGCUGGAAGAUAGACCUUAUUCGGCAUCAGACAAUCCAUUCUGGAGAAAGACCUUUUGAAUGUAAUGAAUGUGGGAAGACCUUCCGCCUGACCACAGCUCUUAAUCUCCAUCGAAGAAUUCAUACCGGAGAGAAACCUUAUGAAUGUAGUGAAUGUGGGAAGUUCUUUAGCCAGAGGACAAAUUUUACACGACAUCAGAGCAUUCAUACUGCACAAAAACCUUAUCAAUGUAAUGAAUGCGGUAAAACUUUCUCUCAAACCAAAGAACUUACUCGGCAUCAAAAGAUUCAUUCUGGAGAGAAGCCUUAUGAAUGUAAUGAAUGUGGGAAAGCUUUCUUUCAGAAGAGAGACCUUGCCCGACAUCAAAGUAUUCAUACUGGAGAUAAACCUUAUACUUGUAAUCAGUGUGGCAAGGCAUUCCGCCAUAGGACAGUUCUCAUUGGGCAUCAGAGAGUUCACAGUGGAGAGAAGCCUUAUGAAUGUAAUGAAUGUGGGAAGACCUUCACUUGGAGAACAUAUCUUACCCGACACCAGAGAGUUCAUACUGGAGAGAAACCCUUUAAAUGUAAUGAAUGUGGCAAAGCCUUCUUUCAGAAAAAAGGACUUACUCGACAUCAAAGGAUUCAUACAGGAGAGAAACCUUAUGAAUGUAAGGAGUGUGGGAAGGCUUUCUGCCGGAGCACAGACUUUACUCAGCAUCAACGAGUUCAUACUGGAGAGAAGCCUUUUGAAUGUAAGGAGUGUGGGAAGGCCUUUAACAGGAGCACACACCUUACUCAGCAUCAGCGAGUUCACACUGGAGACAAACCUUACCAAUGCACACAGUGUAGGAAAGCCUUCUUUCACAUAAAGGAACUUAGUCGACACCAGAGAAUUCACACCGGAGAGAAACCUUAUGAAUGCACUGAAUGUGGCAAGGCCUUUUUUGAGAAAAAAGAACUUACCCGGCAUCAACAGAUUCAUACUGGAGAAAAACCUUAUUUGUGUGUAGAAUGUGGCAAGUCCUUCCUCAGGAAGACACAUCUUCUUGUACAUCAGAGAGUUCACACUGGAGAGAAACCUUACCAGUGCAAUGAAUGUGGGAAAGCCUUUUGUCAGAGCUCAGCUCUUAAUCUCCAUCAGAGAAUUCACACAGGAGAGAAACCUUAUGAAUGUAACGAAUGUGGGAAGACUUUCUGCCUGAUCGCAGCUCUUAAUCUCCAUCGGAGAGUUCACACAGGAGAAAAACCUUAUGAAUGUAAUGAAUGUGGGAAAUCCUUCAUUAGGAAGACAUACCUUACUAGACAUGAGAGAGUUCAUAAUGGAGAGAAGCCUUACAAAUGUAAUAAAUGUGAGAAGUCAUUUAGCCGGAGGACAAACCUUAAUAAACACCAGAAAGUUCACGCUUGAGAGUUUGACGAAUUACAGUGGAUAGGAAAGCCUCUUAGGAGUAUGUUUUUAUUUUUACAUUAGAAUGUUCAUACGGGAGAGAAAUCUUUUGACUGUAUAAUGAAUGUGAGAAUUUGACAUCAGUCAAUACUAGAGAGAAACCCUUAAAGUCUUCUGAAGAUCAUGUAUGUUAGAAAGAUUUUAGAUUUUGUAUACACUAAGCUAAAAAUUAGUUCAAAUAAAUUUAGUUCAAAUAAAAAAUAGAAUUCAAAGUAAAAUGAAAUCUCAAAUUUUUCAGAGUGCCUGUUCUAAACUUUUUUGUCUCCUCAGGUCCUCAAGCGCCUCUCUUCUCCACUUCCCACGUUUAUUUCAGGUGACAAGCUGUUUGGCAAAUCCCACAAGUUCUCCGAAAGUUUGGUGAAUUUUGUGGGCUCCCUCAGUUUCACA